GGGUGAGAAUUGAGCCGCGGCGUUCAAAAACUUGUGAAUAGUGCGAGUGUGGAGUGUGUUCAAGUGACUCGAAUCUUUAAGGACAUUCGUGCAAAAUCAAAUUUAAUGUGUUGAGUGUGACUUUAUUGUUCUUGAGCCAACGUGCAAGUGCAGGGCUCAUACAAUUAAACCUAAUUAUUGGAGAAAACAAACAAUUUUUGCAAAAUGGUUAUUGAAAAAAUGCUAGAGCGAGCCACGAACUCGCAAUUAUUGAGUGUUUUUGCGCUGGCAGUGAUAACACUAAGCAUUUAUACAUUUUGGGGCGGCAGCUAUAUUAAGUCGGUUCUGCUAUCGCUAAGACUUUCGGGUCCACCAUCAUUGCCCUUUCUGGGCAACUGCCUGCUGAUAAAAGAGAAGGAUUUGAUGCGAAAUCGUGCAGCCAAUGCAUUUGAUCUUUAUGGCUCAUUGGUUCGCAUUUGGGUGCUGCUGUUUCCGUUUUUUGUGGUGCUACAGCCGGAGGAUCUACAAGUCAUACUCUCCUCGAAGAAGCACACGAGCAAAGUAUUCUUUUAUAGGCUCAUGCACAAUUUUCUAGGCGAUGGGCUCAUAACUAGUAGCGGACCCAAAUGGGACUCACAUCGCAAACUCAUACAACCCGCUUUUCAUUUGAAUCUACUGGAGAAGUUUAUUGGCACAUUUGUAGAUGCUUCCCAAUCGCUCUAUGAGAACCUAGACGCAUCCUCCGAUGGCAAUGAGAUCAAUAUUGCGAAAUAUGUGAACAACUGUGUUGUGGACAUACUCAAUGAAGCCGUAUUGGGAGUGCCCAUCAAGAAGAAGGACCUCAUCAACAUGAUGGACUCACCAUUCCGUCAGGGAAAAUUAAUAAUGCCACAGCGUUUUCUACAGCCAUGGCUUUUACUGGAUGGCAUCUACCACUGGACUAAGAUGGCCACGGACGAAUUGACUCAGAAGAAGCGUCUCAAUGACUUUACACGCCAGAUGAUCAAACGAAGACGCGAGAUUAUGGCAAACGGUGGCAAUGGCUUAAACAACAAUAAUGAACGCAAAUGCUUGCUGGACUACAUGAUCGAAAUAUCCGACAAUCCAGACACCGAUUUCACCGAAGAGGAUAUUGUCAACGAGGCCUGCACAUUUAUGCUGGCAGGCCAGGACUCUGUGGGAGCUGCAGUGGCCUUCACCAUUUUCCUGCUUGCUCAAAAUUCAGAGUGCCAAGAGAAAUGCCACGAGGAGAUCGUCCGCAUAUUCGAGUACAGCAAUCGUGCGCCAACGAUGAGCGACUUACGUGAAAUGCGUUACAUGGAAAUGUGCAUUAAGGAAGCGCUGCGCCUUUACCCCAGCGUUCCACUCAUUGCCCGAAAGCUGGGCGAGGAGGUGCGCCUGGGAGCGCACACGCUGCCGGCCGGUAGCAAUAUUUUUAUAUGUCCAUAUGCCACUCAUCGAUUGGCCCACAUUUUUCCGGAACCGGAAAAAUUCAAACCCGAGCGUUUUUCUCCCGAAAACUCAGAGAACCGCCAUCCGUACGCCUUUCUGCCCUUCAGUGCCGGGCCACGCUACUGUAUUGGCAACCGUUUCGCCAUCAUGGAGAUCAAGACCAUCGUAUCGCGUCUGCUGCGCAGCUAUCAGUUGCAGCCGGUGCCGGGAAAGACCACCUUCGAAGCCAUCUAUCGCAUAACACUGCGCGCCUCCGGUGGCCUCUGGGUGCGACUGAAGCCGCGUGAGCACCAAAUAACAGAUACGGAGUAUGCAUCGUAGUCUGUAACCUUGGUUAGUCCUUGGUCUAGCCCUAGGCUCUAUUAAAAAGUCUCCCUAUGGGGCAAUUCAGCGUGGUAGACGUUACAUUUUACAUUAACUUUAGCCUUUAAUUAGUAUGGUAAAUAUGUAUGUAUGUAUGUAUGUAUGUAUAUGUAUAAAUUGAUCAAUUAAAUAGGUUCGCCUAGCCUAA